CCAGUACACUUUCCACAGAGAAAUGCCUUCUCUAUUCUUGAUCAAUCUUUACAAUAAACGGAUCUUCAAAAGACAUGUCGGCACAAACUACUCCAACGCAAUAUGCAGUCGUUAAAGGCACCAAAAUUGCAUACCGCCGGUUUGGGGCACCCUCUACCAUCCCGCUCCUCUUCUUGACCCACUUCCGCGGUACGAUGGACCUUAUCGACCCUCUCUUGCUGAACAGCAUUGCAUCUUCACGAACUGUCAUCAUCUUUGACAACGCCGGCUGCGGUCAUAGCUCUGGCAGCAUCGCACCUACUAUUCAGGAAAUGGGCACUGUUGCUGUUGACUUCCUUAGCGCAGUUGGAGUGACCAAGGCGGAUCUACUAGGAUACUCGAUGGGCGGUUUAAUUGCGCAGCGCAUUGUUCUCGACUACCCUCAUGUUGUCAACAAGGUGGUCUUGGCGGGUACGCAGUCGUCAUACACGGAAGGUUUCGUCCUACCCGAUGCGAAAGCUAUGGAGUUAGCUGGCGGAGCUGAUCCCAACGAGGAAGGCAUGCUGGACCUCUUCUUUUACCCUACUAAGACCAGCAGGGCGCUGGGACAUGCGUGGUGGCAGCGCAUCCAAGAACGUAACAUCGAAGGCGAAGAGCGCACGACGUUUGUGAAUCAGGCAGGGGGUCAGGUUAUGAGUGGCGCAAUCAUGCAGUUUGUGUCUGACCCGAAGUUGUUUGAAGGGUUGAAGCAGAUGGACGUGCCGAUAUUGAUAACGAACGGCAAGAAUGACAUCAUGACGCCGACAGCCAACAGCUUUCUCAUGCAGCAGAACUUUAAGAACGCGCAGCUACAUCUAUACCCUGAUUCAGGACACGGACACCUAUACCAGGUGCCUAAGACGUAUGCGAAGCAGUUGGAGUUGUUUCUGGGAUGAUGUCUAUUGUUGGAAAGAUGCUGGAUAUGAGGACAAGGUUCCACGGGUGGCUUGUUCGUCAUGAUCCCAUAGCGAUAGCCUUCAUCCUGAACGCUGUUCAAUUACUCAUUAGCUC